AUGUUUCAGGAAGUUCUAGCUAGGCUAGGCCCCAGGCCUGAAGUUGAGCAGCCCAUCCAUGCUCAGGUUGGGGAGUCGUAUCAGCAUGUUUCAGAGGAGAGAGAGAGAGAGAGGUCUCCUAGGAGGAGAGAGGUUCCUGUUGGUCAUGAUUCAGCUCCCUCGAGUCACAUCAAGGAUCUUUUGAGGACCAACCCUCCUUUCUUCGAUGGCCGAGGCACAGGUCUCGAGGCAGAGACUUGGUUGAUUAGUUUGGAUAGGUGUUUCGCUAUGUUUCCAUACAGUAGCAACACCCGAGCGAGAUGUGCGAUCAUGCGUCUCGAUGAUUUUGCUUCUAUAUGGUGGAAGUUAGAGGAAGAGAAGAUUGGUCUGAAUAUCAAUACUGUUUCUUGGGAGAUCUUCUUAGAGAGGUUCAGAGCACGGUUUCUUUCACCGCAGUGGAGACAGACUCGGGCAGAUGAGUUCUAUUCAUUGCGACAGUUUGGUAUGUCAGUUGACCAGUUCGAGCAUAGAUUCUAUGAGCUGAAGCAGUAUGCCGGGAUUGGCAACGAUGAGGCUAUGCUCGUACAGCAUUUCUUGAGAGGUCUUAACGACCGCAUUAGUGGAGGGGUUAGAGUUUUUGAGCCAGUUUCAGUGGAGGCAGCGGUGGCGAAAGCCAGAUUGGUUGAGCAGAACCUCAUCCGUGCACAUGGUGGACAGGCAGGAGUUCAGAUAGGGAGUGUUCCUUCCAGUGGGAACAGAGCUCGUGGGAAUCAGUCCCAGUCAGCGGCACCAUUCAGGACUCCUCAGGCACCCGCUAAGGGUGGACAGCAGCAGCAGCCGCAACAGCAACCGCAGCAGCAGAAACCGAAACAGUCUCAGGGCCAGCAGGGUGGCAACCCUCCUCAUAGAAGAAACAGGAACUGGCGGAGAAGCAAACAGGGUUUUCCAGGACAGUCUUCUCAGAGUGCAUCACAGGCCCCUAGUAGGGGAAGCUUUCAGCAGUCCAGUGGGCCGACUGGAGGUAGAGGACCUGGUAGAGGAGCUUGCUACUCUUGUGGGCAGUAUGGUCAUAUAGCCGUGCAGUGUCCUCAGCGUAUCCACCAGACAGGGAAUCAGGGGCCAGUUGCAUCAGAGCCUACAGUAGGGGAUGCCGGUAGGACCCACAGAGUGUUUGCAGCGGUUGAUAACCGCCAGGCUGAGCAUCAGGGGACAGUUAUUGAGGCCGCAGGUCGAGGACGGGCAGCUUUCUAUGGAGCCCGUGCGCAUUCUUCAGCGUCGGGAUUUGACCCUCAGGGGACGCACCAUCGACCAGGUAAGGGUCCUAUGGGACCCAAAUGAUGAGACCUCGGCGACAUGGGAGGAUGCAGCGAAGAUGAGAGAGCUCUAUCCUUAUCUGUUUUAGGCUUCCAGGAGUAAGCCUAGUUUUGUGGGGGAGAAUGUAGUACCCCGUUUUGAUCGGACUUAUUAGACUGAUUUUGUGUUUCAGUUUACUUUUCAGUUGGCACUUGAUUGCUCGUCAUUUUGCAGACAUAUUUGAUAUUAUAUCAUGUUUAUCUGGAUAUUGGAUGCAUGAGUUACUUUCAGUAUUUCAGUAUUGGUGAUUUCUAGUGUUUCGUGGAUUAUUGCUCGUACUGACAUUUUACUUUAUCUAGUUGAUGUGUCAUAUAUAUGUUGCGUGUUUGCUACUGUAUUGGAUGCAAGGGGACGAUUUUCCUUCACUCGUUUCGGUGAGACAGGGAACGUCGCGAUUCUCCUUCAUCGGUGUGCGUGCCGUGUAUUCUAUAUCUAUAUGCAUGUAUGUGUGCUUCGGUGAUGCAGGAUAUUGCAGGUACAAGUACCGGGUAGGUACGGGGUAUCGUCUCCACCUGGCUUCACAGGUCUGAGCGUGCCUUAUAUGUCCGAUGGGAGUGGAGGAGAUAGCUUUUGACCCUAGU